AUGUCAACUGUAUUCGAUUUUAGUUGUAUUAAGUUUGGUCUUUUUACUAAAUUAGCAAGUGAACAUUAUGGUAGCAAAUUACAACAUACAAAUCUUGUUUGGUGUAAAAUACGUAUAUUUCUUACAUGGAUAUUACCAUGUUUUUCAACAGGUUAUCUUAUUUUGGCUUCUAUAGAUCGAUGUUUAUCAACAUCAAAAAGUCAACGUAUUCGUUCAUUUAGUCAAAUCAAAAUAGCACAUCAAAUGACAUGUAUUCCAAUUAUUUUAUAUAGUUUAAUAUCUUCUCAUUUGUUAGUUUAUUUUAAUCUUCGAAAACGUUGUUCUCCAACAGCAGGAACCUAUGCUUUUUUCUUAUCAUUAUAUAGUAUUGUUUGGACAAGUUUAAUUCCACAAAUUAGUAUGUUUAUAUUUAGUUUAAUUACAUGUUUUAAUGUUCAAAAAAGUCAUCAACGUCUGAUUCAUCCAAUUAUACAAAAUCGAAAUCGAACUGAUUCACAAAUGAUUAAAAUUACAUUAGUUCAAGUAUUAUAUAGUUUUAUUUUACUUAAUAUUCGAACAAUAUGCUUUUCAUAUUCACUACUUUCAACAAAUAUUAGAAAAGAUAAUUAUCGUCAUGCUGUUGCAUCAUUAAUUUUACAAAUAUCAAGUUUUAUUUUCUAUUUCAAUUUUAGACGUUGUAUAAAUAAUAUUCAUACAGCUGAAGUUAAAUGUGUGUUAUUUGGUGUAGAUACUGGCAGUGGAGUAGCUAAUCUUUUAGACAACACAAUUACAUGGCAAUCAAAUGGUGCUGAUGACAGGUAA